UACAAGCGUCGUCAGGCAGGCCGGGUCAAUAUCAAUCGGGCAGGUAGGUACAGGGGGAGCAAGCGGAGAAUGGUCGGGGUCACAAGCCAGGGAUCAGGAGCAGGAGAAUGGUCAGACAAAGCCAGGGAUCAGAGCAGGGUCAGCAACGAAUCAGACAGGAACAGGGAGCAGGAACAGGAUACAGGGCCCAGGAAAAACACAACACCAAGGCAGAGUCUGCAGGUCUGGCCAUCCCUUAAAUACACCAGUAUAAUCAGUUCCAGGUGUUUUGACUGGCUGCAAGGUUGAGUCUCUGAUUGCUGGGUGCACCCGCUGGCCAGCCCUGGUACUGCAGCCCAUAAGGCAGGCGAGUCCCACCAUUGUUGGCCAGUCAAUUCCUGACAGU